UUUUUUUUUCUUACGAUUCACUAUUACGGUGGAGGGAAGUGUCGCCUUAAUUUAUGCAUACUGAUUUUCCGCUGUUUUGACGGUGGGUGGAACGGAAGCUCUACAACAGCAAUAUGGUGGACGGUUGAGAAAGCCCGGGAUUUUUGCGUAAUGGGACUUCAUGUCCUCAUACUGUGGCUAUCCGCCGGGCUCGCAAAGGCGAUAGACUAUCAGGAGGAUGUAGAAAGUACAUCAAAUAAUUCUCACAAGACUUAUCCAAAUAUAAAAUGCUAUGCACCUUUGCAGAACACUUCGACUCAUCUUCUCAACUACAACGCUGUCGAUGGAGGAGUGCCACAGACUUUCGGCCUAAAUUGCCUCGGAUGGGCGUUAAUUAUGGUGCUGUUCUGUGUCAUCCGUCGACUGGUGUGGGACUAUGGCCGCCUAGCUGUUACUCAAAAAGAGGACUUAGGGUGGACAUCAGUGUUCUAUGGACUCAAUGUUAAUGGAAAUGGCAAAGAUAAACAGGAAGAUAAACCAAGUGUCACUUUCCCUGAAGUCAAGGACAAGGGCUUGCUAUCUUGGGUGCCAGUGUUACUCCGUGUCACAGAUGAACAUAUCCACGUAAAGUGUGGCAUGGAUGCAUUACAGUAUAUACAGUUUCAGAAGCAUCUAAUUGUCUACUCUGUCAUAAUAUUCUGCCUAUCAAUUGGAAUAGUUCUGCCAAUCAACUACUCAGGAACUAAUGAGUAUGAGCGGAACUCAUUUGGUGCCACCACUGUAUCUAACCUUGAGGCUCAGUCCAGCAUGUUCUGGCUGCAUGCAGUCUUUGCCCUUCUCUACAUCAUAAUAAUUGUUGUGAUUCUGCGACACUUCACCUCACUUUUCAACAUGGAGAGUCUCCAUGAGUCUGCUACAACUGUGAUGAUAACUAACAUUCCCAAGAAUGUCACUAAGGAGCUUAUCCAGCAGCAUUUUGUGGAGGUGUAUGAUGAUUCAAUGAUAGAAGAAGUCCAACUAGCCUACAACUGUGACAAGCUGCAAAGUAUUGAGCGCAAGUUAGAAGCUGCACGUCUAGGACGGGAGCACUGCCAAGAACUACUUCAGCUGAAUGGGGAACGCCCACAGACCACUGUAAGCACUAGUAAGGUGUCCCCGUGUAUGAUGUGCUGUGGAGUCAAGCAUGUGGAUGGCAUUGAGUACUUCACGGAGGUGGAGGGGAAGGCAAGGGCCGAGUUUGAACAGACCAAGCAGUCACUAAAGAGUCUGGGCGUUGCAUUUGUCACAUUUGUCAAUGAGGAGACGUCACAGAAGUGUCUAAAAGAUUUCAACACCAUCAAACAUGGCAGUCCCGAGUCGUCGGUAUCACGUAAGAUCUUUUCUGAUCACUGGAAUGUGGCCUCUGCACCACUUACAGGAGAUAUUUUGUGGGAGCACCUGUCUGUCGACCCGGAGAGCUGGUGGGCCCGGGCACUCAUCAUCAACAUCAUCCUGUUCAUCUUUGUGCUCUUCAUCACCACACCCACCGUGCUGAUCACCUCCUUCAAUGAGAUCAAGGCUUCUAUCGUGGAAAAGAACCCGAAACUGCGCGUGGCCCCCAAUCCAUUUUUCACGCAGUUCCUGCCUACCAUCAUGUUGUGGACGUUCUCUGCUAUACUCCCUGUCGUCGUAUCUUAUUCCAGCUAUUUCGAGGCCCAUUGGACCAGGUCUCGCUUGGAGCAUUCAGUGAUGAUCAAGACAUAUGUGUUCCUACUACUAAUGGUGAUCGUGCUUCCAUCUCUAGCUCUAACAAGUGCGGAUGCCCUAUUCCAAGUGACUCUCAGUGGAUCAGCCUUAUUAAAAAGUCGUCUGGCGUGUGUUUUCCUACCCAAUAACGGCGCAUUCUUCGUGAACUAUCUGGUGACGUCGGCACUUAUCGGGACAGCACUUGAGUUGUGCCGGUUCCCUGAGCUGGCAGCUUACGCAGUGCGCAUGUGCUUUGCCAAGGAUGAGGGCGAAAAGAGAUUGGUGCGACGAGAAUCUGUUCGCGAGUUCGCGUUCGGUCAUCAGUACGCGUGGAUGAUCGUCAUCUUCUCUGUCAUGGUCGUCUACUCCAUUGCGUGCCCUCUAGUUACGCCCUUUGGGCUUCUCUACCUGACCUUCAAGCACGUGGUCGACAGGUACAACUUGUACUUUAACUACCGCUCGCCGGCGUAUAAGUACGUGGACCCCAGCGUGCACAGCACCGCCGUGGUCUUCACCAUCAUCUCCUCAUUCUUCCUGCUGCUCUCCAUCUUAUUCUUCGGCGUCGUUAGACUCGGUAUAAAUGACCCACAGACGAUUUUCACGAUUGUUCUGGUGGCCUUGACCUUGGCUGCAUUUGUCGGAAGAGUAGCGUUUGGAUUCUUCAAAAGACUCGGGCCGUUCAAGCAACGGCUGAACAAUGACGAAGAGGACCAUAUAACCGAGGUUUACAUGCCGGAAGCAUAUUUGCCGCCAGUACUACGAAGCAAACGUGAAUCAGCAGCUGCUUCAGCCGGCGAAGACUCAAGCCCGCCACAACUUACACGCCGCAAAACGUACGGCACCACCUCCCCCACCGUCCCCUACUCGGGGGCAGCCGAUCACGUGAUCGACGCCGACCAACUCACUCCUAGCUCCGAGACUAUCGUGUCUAUGAGCGAAGAAGAGAGACGUUAACACGCGUGCGCAAAAUACUAGACGUUAUUUUAAAUAAUUAUUCAGAUGCUCCAUUCGCCCGAAGGAAUGUACUUUGGAAACGCUGUAUUUUGUGAGACUUUGUGAGAAUAGACACUCCUACGAUAGGACACAGCUGAAAUCCUGUUCUACGAAUUGUCACUCGUUGUCACUAUUAGGCUUGUGACACUACGCGGCUGCUACCCCGCCGGCUAAAGGUUGACCGUAGUGGCGUUAUUUAUUAUUUCUAGCCGGUUUCUGUUCAGGUUGUCGUACCGUCGGACACUCGGGUAUAUAGGCGACGAACAAAUGCCGUCGGAUAAUCACCAGAAGCCUGUACACGCCUGGCCCCAGGGCACCCUAAGGGUGUAGGUCGUGUGAAGCGUGUUCACGCCUGGCCCCAGGGCACCCUAAGGGUGUAGGUCGUGUGAAGCGUGUUCACGCCUGGCCCCAGGGCACCCUAAGGGUGUAGGUCGUGUGAAGCAUGUUCACGCCUGGCCCCAGGGCACCCUAAGGGUGUAGGUCGUGUGAAGCGUGUUCACGCCUGGCCCCAGGGCACCCUAAGGGUGUAGGUCGUGUGAAGCGUGUUCACGCCUGGCCCCAGGGCACACUUAGGGUGUAGGUCGUGUGAAGCGUGAUUUGAAAGUAUUGGGCCUCUUGGCUUGUGUUUGUUUCAGAUAUUUCUAUCAGGUUUUUGUUCGAUGUUUAGCUCAACAAAGUGUGUGUAACCAUCGAUUCACGAAGGUUUGAAAAGUAAUGUCGUUAUAUGUAUCUCAGAAGUUUGGUCGGGGUUUUUAAUACUACUCCAAACUCGCAGAAGCCCAACAAAUAAUCUAUUUAAAUGUCUGAUUACUCGAGUUCCUCAAAGGAUGAUAGUAAACUUUGUAAAUCUUUUUGUUCUUAUUUAACGUGGGGAAUAAAUCUAACAAAAAGUUG